AUGCUCAAGUCGGCUGAAACGAAAUGGAUGCACAAGCCGGAAAAGCAUACAGGACAAGAAUCUCGCGAAAAUGGGUUUAAAAAUAAAUCGUUAGCUACUACUAAUACUAAGAUCCACAAGAAACCCGAAUUGGUAAAACUUAAUAUUAACAAACAAAAAUCUCGUGAAAUUGGAGUUAAAAGUAAAAAUGGAGUCAAGGUUGCUAAUAACACUUUAAAGUCGACGACUAAUACCAUUACCACCGCUAAAACGACUUUGUUUCCUGAUCUAGAAUCAUCAUUGUCGUUGAUAUCAUCUUCCAAGUCGACAUCAUCAAGUUCAUCAAGGUUAUCAUCGCCAUCCAAAAUUCCUCGCCUAGUAAUUAGAUAA